AUGAGUAAUCCUCCAACUAAAUCAAGUGUUCAACCCAACGCAGAGUUUCCGGUAAGCCUCUCUUACGAUCUUAUCGUCGAAAUCCUUUCCUUUUCUGAUGUGAAAUCACUUAUGCAAAUGAGAUGCGUAUGCAAAUCUUGGAAAUCUAUUAUUUCUGAUCAUGAAUUCAUCAAACUUCACCUUAAGCGAUCGGCGCGAAACCCUUACUUGACACUAUCCCGGGGUAACACAGCUAGCAAAUAUUUUCCCUUCCCGGUGCAUCGUUUAAUCCUUGAGAACCCGUUGAUCCUCCUUCCGGAGAACCUUUGCUAUCGAUGUCAAGAUAUGUAUUGUCGAUAUGCUAUUGGAUCUUGCAAUGGAAUGUUUUGUUUGAUUGGUUAUUCUUACUUAUCUGAACCUGGAGAGUUCUGGUUCCGUUUCUGGAACCCUGUCAUACGUAUAAUGUCAAAAAAGUUGGGGCAUAUUUUGUGUCAUGAUAUGAUCACCAUCCAUAAACAUUACAAGUUUACUUUUGUUUAUGAUAAUUCAUCGGAGACGUAUAAGGUUGUAUUGUUAAUGUUGGAUGUAGUUCAAAAUAGAACUCAUGUGCAAGUAUUAAAUGUGGCUGAUAAUGUUUGGAAAACUAUUCCAAAUUUUCCUGCGGUUCCUCUUCCUAAUCAAUACACUGGUCAGGGUGGGUCUGAUGGUGUGUAUUUGAAUGGUCGUCUUAAUUGGUUGGCCAUUCAGAAUCGUCCUGUUAGUGUUGAUGGUUGGGAGAAUAUUAAGGCUAAGGAAUUUGUCAUUGUUUCACUUUAUAUGGGAACGGAGUCGUACACGCAGUUGAUGCCUCCCUCUGGUUUUGAUGAAAUGUCAUCUAUUAAGCCGCCAUCUUUAUGUAUAUUGAAAGACUCCUUGUGUUUUUCUCAUGAUUACAGAAGAACUGAAUUCAUUAUAUGGCAGAUGAAGAUUAUUGGAGUUGAAGAGCCAUGGACUCAACUCCUUAAAAUUAGUUACCAAAAUCUUCGGACUAGAUUUCAUGAUUUUGCUGACUUGAAAAAUUGUCAAUUGUUGCCAUUGCACCUUUCUGAUCACAACGAUACACUAAUAUUGGCUAAUAAUCAAGAACAACGAGCAAUUCUAUAUAAUUUGAGGAAUAAUACAGCAAAGCGGACUAGAAUUAUCGAUGAAAUACAAUGGUUCUCUGCCAAGGUUUAUGUCGAAAGUUUGGUUUCUGACAUUUAG